CAGAGACCCCUUGGACUCUCACCGGUGUUCAGAUUGCGUAAGGCAGAGUUGAAAAAGUGCUGGUUAAACUUUAAUGUGAAGGGGGGGAAGAAUCGUCCAUUCGUCCUGCAACCUGAGCGCAAGACAUAAGACGAUAUCGCAAAAUGUCUGGAACAGAGUUUGGAUCGCUAGAGGAAACACUUGACGCGCAUUUACCUGAGAAAGAGCUCAAAGAUGUCAGGAGGCUAAUGUUCGGAAAAGAGCUGAGGAAGCUGGACCUUCCCCAGAGUGCAAUAGAUGCAGCGAUGGAUAAAGAGUUUGAUCUGAAGGGUUAUGUGUUUGAAGCUACGCCAGAGCAGCUCCGACCACCCAGGACUGUCCGCGUGGGACUCAUUCAAAACAAGAUAGUCCUACCCACCGAUGCUCCUGUGCUUGAACAGAUCACAGCCCUGCACAAACGAGUGGGUGACAUUGUAGAGGUGGCGGCGAUGUGUGGCGUCAACAUGGUGUGCUUCCAGGAAUGCUGGACAAUGCCUUUUGCUUUAUGUACACGAGAGAAGGAACCCUGGACAGAAUUUGCAGAAUCAGCCGAGGAUGGGCUUACUACCCGCUUUUGUAUACAGCUGGCCAAAAAAUACAACAUGGUUGUGGUGUCUCCCAUUUUGGAGAGGGAUGAGGUUCAUGGCGGAACGUUGUGGAACACAGCGGUGGUGGUGUCCAAUAAUGGCAAUGUUCUGGGCAAAACAAGGAAGAACCACAUUCCCCGCGUGGGAGAUUUCAAUGAGUCGACAUAUUACAUGGAAGGCAACACAGGCCACCGUGUUUUCCAGACACAGUUUGGAAAGAUUGCUGUUAACAUCUGCUUCGGUCGACAUCACCCUCUGAACUGGUUAAUGUACAGCAUGCAAGGGGCAGAGAUCAUCUUCAACCCCGCAGCUACAGUUGGAGCUCUCAGUGAACCAAUGUGGCCGAUCGAGGCUAGAAACGCUGCCAUUGCCAACCACUGCUUCACCUGUGCCAUCAAUCGCGUGGGCACGGAGUAUUUCAAGAAUGAAUUUACAUCUGGGGAUGGAAAAAACGCACAUCAUGACUUUGGUCACUUUUAUGGCUCCAGCUAUGUAGCGGCACCGGAUGGCAGCAGAACCCCAGGAUUAUCCAGAACCCGUGAUGGGCUGUUGGUUACAGAGCUGGACUUGAACCUCAAUCGGCAAAUCGCGGACAAGUGGAACUUCAAGAUGACCGGGAGGUAUGAAAUGUAUGCAGAGGAGCUCGCCAAAGCUGCUCGGCAUGACUUCAAACCCAAUAUUAUUAAAGAGUGAGAUUGUCAGAAAAGUGAGAACUUGAACCACCAAACUCUACAUUUCUGAGCCUGAAGGAGAACCACACAAUACUUUUCUCUCUACUUGAAUUGUAUCAGAUGACUGGAUAAAUUAUGCAUUUUAUUAUUUAAUUUGAAGUCAAUAACAGAAAUAGAUAUUUGAAUUAAAAUACAAAUCCGACUUUUAUUCAUUUCAUAAAUGGACCUAUAUAAUUCAUAAAAAUAAAGUUCGCCAUAUUA